AUGGCAGCCAAUCUCGGGGAGAGAUCGCUAGCCGAUGUACACCAAGAGGGACUAGAUGAGAUACUCGCUGGAUUGGCCCAUCUUUAUCCUGGUCACUCAAGCCAUGACACACAUUCAUUAGGCGUGCCCCUUCUAGACACUUUGCUUGAAGUCUUUACGCCGAAAGCACCUGCUGUGGGUGCCGUGAACGAUGGACAGCCUCAACCGCUAAGUGAGUCUGUAGAAAAGCAGACCAUUGAAGACGAGGAAAUGCUGCUGCGCAAUGAAUUCCCGGCUGGUCAGGUUUAUAGGCCGGAUGAAAUACACACAGCGCAGAACAUUGACCCAUCUGCCGAUGUGUUGUUCUCAGAGUCAGACGGUAGUAAGAAACGACAAGUUCCUAUCGUGGAGAUCUCAAGCAGCCUAUCAGCUUCGGGGAAGUCACAGCUAUUGUACUAUCUCACAGCGCUCGCUAUCUUACCACGAAAAUGCGGGGACAUCUCUGUCAGUGGCCAAGAGGCAGCUGUGGUGUUCAUAGAUACCGACGACCGAUUCGAUGCCGAGAGACUAAGAACCGUGGCUCGAGAUAUCGUUCAGCAGCAGCGAGGACUAUCUGAAUCGCGCCUUGGGGUGCAAGCCGAACCAGGAGGAAUGCCAGAUCACCAACUUGAAUCAUUGCUCGUCUCUUCACUACAGCAUGUCCAUGUGUUUCGUCCGCAGUCUUCAUCCGCUCUGUUGGCCACAGUCCACACGCUAGACUCGUACCUUUUCGAUCUCUCGCGGCAUCGUUCCGCAUCACGUCCCUUACAAAUGGUCGCCAUCGACAGUGCCACCGCGUUCUUCUGGCAAGACCGGCUGCGUGACGAAGUCGCUCGGACCGAAGAAAUUGGGCGCCCUCAGGUAGAAAUUGAUUCCGAGCGCGAGCAGAAAAAGAGAGUCAGUUUCAGUGUGCAGUUGUGUAUACCGCAACGGUCUCAGGGGGGUCGAGCUUCUGGCCCUGGUCAGUACGACCAGCCCCAAGCUCGUGUUCCAUCCCUGAGACCUGCUCUCCCUGCACCCUGGGGCACUUUUCCAACAUUGCGUCUGAUUGUCCACCGGUCUUCUGUGCGCCCCUUUCCACUGAGCAUGGCCGCUCACACAGCCGUGAAAGAUGCUCCCUCACGACAGAGCGUGGUUCAGCAAGGGAAGAUAUCGGCAUGGGUCAAUCCGUGGGGACGUGAUGAAUGGCCUCGUCGCAUAGUGGAAGCACUAGAGGCGAACAAUGGUGGGAGCUUUUCGUUUUACACGCGGGACUCUGGGGUUGAGAUGACUGAUCCUCAUCAUUGA